AUGCAAGUUUUAGAGAUGAGUUUGAAAAAUUUUAUUAAGAUACUUAUUUUUUUUGUUGUUCUUCAGCUAACGAUGUCCGAUAACGAUAACAAGCCUCCGGAUUUACCGGAUAGUAACAAAGAAGACGACAGGAGCUCUAGUGAUUUUAAUUUGGGGGACAAAUGUGAAAAUCCUCCCCCGCUGAUGGAUUACAAAAAUAUUAUGUUGAAAAAUAAGUCAGAUCUAAAAAAGAAAGAAGAAGUUGUUCAGGAAUAUGCUGAAAAAUUAACAAAAAUAAAAUCAAAAGUAAAAUCCCGUCGAAGCGCUGACACAAACUGGCCAUCAGCAAACGAAACAAUGUCACCUUCAAAAUUCGAGCUCAGUGGCACCAAAACAUCCUCUUCAAAGAGUCACCUGUUGCAGCAAAAAUUAGAAGAGAACAGAAAAAUAUUUGAGCAACGAAAUAAAGACUUAAUCGAAAGUAAGCGCGCGGAUGAAGUAAAGCUCGAAGAAAUCCGCCAGCAAUUGAACAGCGAGCCGAUAGUCAACGAGGACAGUAAUCUUAAGUAUCUAAUUGAUGAUAAAGACAAAAAAAUCUUUGAUCUUAGUAAUAAAAUAAUGGAGCUUGAGUCUCUGAUUGUUGAUCUUAAAGACAAUUUAAACAACAAAGAUUCUGUGAUUGAGUCCAAAACCAAAGCGAUCACUUUGGUGUCUGACAACUUGUCACUGAAGAGCAAAGAGACUUUGGACCAACUUGCUGAUACUAAGGACGAGAUGCGAAAUAUGCAGGAGAAUUUCAUCCAGCUUGAGAGUAGUUUUAAAAUAAAAAUAGACAGCUUGAUCACGGAUAUUGAGGAGAGAGACAAAAAAAUCAAUGAACUCGAAGAAGAAAUUCAUAAACCUCAGGAGAGUGUCAGUACUGAGACGGAUGAAACUUUAGGAAGUAAUCAGGAGGUAGAUAAUCUUAAAAAAGAGCUCGAGGAAUUGAAUAAAAGUAUGAUUAAAAUGAAAGCGCAGAAUAAAAGCAAGUUGAAAAAUUUACAAAAGCGGUUGGAUAAAGAAGAAAAAGGUAAUCUGCAGCUGAGUCUUGUAGACUUUGAUGACAUUAAAGCAACCAAUCAAGAGUUGCAGACACGAAUAAGUGAAUUGAGUGAGGAAUCUGAUAAACAGAAACUACUAAUUCAAGAGCACAUUGAUACGAUAUCGCUUUUGGAAAGUCAAAAGUUAGACCUUGCUCAAGAAUUAGACGAAGUUAAACAAGAAUCGCUGAAAUUGAAAUCCGAAAAUUCUGAAUGCGAAAAUUUACGAGUUACCGCUGAAUUGAAAGUCGUCGAUUUAGAAGAACAAUUAGAAGUACUUCACAAGCAAAGUAGCAAGACUGAUGAAACAGAUUUUGUUGACAACGAUAUGUUGGCAAAAUUGAACGACCUGCAAGAUAAAUUCAAUUUAGCGAUGCAGGAAAAAGUCUUGUUAGAAGAAAAAUUAAAUAACUUUUCAAGUUCGGCGAGUACUGAAGACCAAGAAGUUGCUUUGAUGUCUCUUAAAACAGAGAUUGUUAAUUUAAAGCAAUUGAAUGAGGAACAGCGUGUGUUUAUUGAUGAAAUUCAGUUGCUUUUGUCCGACAACCAAAUGGAGUUGGCGGAGAAAAAUAAAAUGCUUCAUCAUUAUGAAGGAUUAAUCGACAACUGUACGAAAAUUCAGGGCAAGUUGACUGAUUUGUUGAUCAAAAUUGACGCUGGUGAUAUUUCUUCCCUGGAAGAAAGGUUGGAUGACCAUGACUCCGUUGUUUCAAAGCUUGAAAAGCAGGUCCAAGAGAAAAACAAAGUUAUCGAGGAGUUAAAAGCGCAACUGGAGAGUCUGAACAGUGAGAAAGAAAAUAUUGUCGGUAAAUUAAAUCUUAAGUAUGAUGAAGAUGUAAAUAUGCUGACAAAGUUGAUGAGUGGGCUGAACAGCGAGCUUGAAGAUACGAAAAAUCAAUCGGAUUUAGAUAAGUCGAGGAUCGAAAGUCUUGAAGAAAGUUUGAGAUUAAGAGAGCUUGAAAUUGAAGAGGGAAAAAAAUUAAUCGAGGAAUUGAAUUUAAAGAUUGAGGAGAAGUCAGAAGAGUGUAUGAAGUUGCUGCGAGAAGGAAGUGAUGACAAGGUUGAGAAGAUCGAUAAUUUGACGAAUAAAAUUCUGGAUAAGGAGCAGGUUAUCGAGACCUUUUUGAAGGAAAAAGAAAUGCUUGAGGGGAAAAUUCAUGAGGAAACUGUUAAAAAUAAUGAGCAAAUGUGGGUGAUUGAGGACUUGAAUAAUCAAAUUUACAAGUUGAAGGCCGAGAUGGGGGAGAAAGAAGCUAAUUUAAUGUCAAUGUUAAAUGAAAAAGAAACCCUUGAGAGUAAGUGGAGGGACGAAGUAAGCGAAAACCAAGGUAAAUUAGAGAGAUUAAACGAGUUGGCGGAAGAAAUAGAUAGUUUGAACAGUAAACUUAUUGACAUUGAAGCCAAAUUCAAUGAAAUAUUUAACGAAAAAAUGAUGUUGGAGGACAAAAUAAAGGAUAGUGAAGAUAAAUUACGGGUAAUUACCGACUUAGAGAGAGAAAUUGACAUGUUGAAAAAUGACUUGAGCUCUAAUGACAAUCUAAUAGAGUCGCUGACUCGCGAGAAAGAAGCUUUGGAAGCUAAAGUAACAGUCGUUGAAGAUUUGAACAAUGAAUUAGUGGCUCUUAAGACCAAACUGGCUGACAGGGAUAGCGAGAUCGUUGAACUGAGCAGAGAAAAAGAAAUCCUGAGAGAAGAAUUACAGGUCAAGGAGAACGAGUUGAGGGCUAUCGAUGACUUGCACAGAGAGCUGGAGAAUGUUAAGAGUAAGUUAGCGGAGAAGGACGAGAUGAUUGAGUCUAUUUUGAAGGACAAAGAGAUCCUGGAGGACCAGCUUGGACAAAGCGAAGGCAAGUUGAAAGUUUUCAAUGACGCGAAUCAUGAGUUGGAAAUUAUGAGACACAGGGUUAAGGAGAGCGAGGAGAUUAUCGAGUCAAUGUCCAGGGAAAAGGGAAUGCUAGAAGAAAUGCUGAGCGAAAAGGAUGAAAGAAUCCGGUCGCUUGAUCAGAUGUCGCAAGAGAUGGAGAUGAUGAAGAACCAGAUGAUGGCUGACAAGGAAGUUAUGGAGUCGAUCUAUGCUGAUAAGUCUGUUCUGGAAGAUAGGAUCAAGGAAGAAAUGAACGAGAACCAGAGUCUGCUGAUUAAAAUUCAGGAGUUGUUGGCGCAAAUUGAGGAAUUAAAGAGAGAAUUAAGUGGAAGAGAGGCUGAGUUGGAAGAAAACUUUAGAAUUGUUGAUGAUGUUAAAAUGCAGCUGAGGAAUCAAUCAGAGUACUCGGAGAAUUUAAAGGUACAGAUUGAUUCUUCAAAUCGGAUGAUGGAGCAGAUUAAAAUCACGCAUGUUGAUGAAAUAAAUGCGUUGAGGAACCAGUUGGAUUCUACUACUCAAGAUUUGGAGGUGAAAUUAAAAGAAAUCGAGGAUUUGAGAGCAGCUUUGAGUGAUAGAGAGAAAUUAAUUGGGAAUAAUUUAACGGAGGAGGUCAAGAUUGAAUUGGAGAAUAAAAUUUUCCAAUUAGAACGUCAGCUUGAAGAUGCGAAUAAUAAUAGCUCGAGCCAGCUCCAGAAAAUGAAAAUCAUUGCCGCGAAUUUAAAGAAGAAAUCUAUACAGUGUCAGGAGUAUGAGAUGAAAUUGAGUGAGUAUGAUGAAAAGUGGGAGAAUGAAGCUAAAGAAAAAGUUCUGGUGAAUGAAAAGUUGGUCAAGCUUGAAGCAGAAUUAGUUGAGAAGAACAACCAGACUGAGGAAUUGGAUGGAUUGCUGAAGAAUAGUGUUGAAGAGCUUGAAGCUUUGAGAGCCGAGCAUGAAAAUUUAAAGCUUGAGUUCACAAGAGUGGAGACGUUACUGCAGGAAAAUAUUCGAGAGCUGACGGCGACCAAGAAAGAACACGAGAGACUUAGAGAAGAAAUGAAAGAACGGGUGGAAGAGUUGGAAAUGGUUAGAGCAGAGAGUUCGAGGAGUAGAGAAGAAAUAGACAACGAGCUUGAAGAGACCAGGGAAAAGGCUCGGGAGCUUGGUGUCAGAAUGCAGGUCAUGGAGGGUGAGUACCUAGAGCAUUUAAAUACCAUCCAGAUGCUGAGGACCGAGAAUGGGAUGCUGAUGUCCAAACACGCACAAUGGAAUGAGAAGUUAGAGAACACCGAGCUUGAUUAUGAGAAGAAGGUUAGAGAGUUGGAAGAGGUUAAGGGUAAACUUCAAGAAGAGUGUGAGAGGAAGAAUGAAUUGUUGAAGGAUAAUGAGGUGAAGUUGGAAGAAAUGGUUCGGGUUGUUGAAGAACUUGAGGAGAAAAAUAGGAAUUUGGAAGAACAAAUUGCUGUUGUUGAGGAACUUAAGAUUAAAAAUAGUAAAUUAGAAGAAGAAAUUGCACUUGUUGAAGAGCUUAAAAUGCAAAAGAAGGAUUUGGAAGAACAAAUUGCAGUAGUUGAAGAACUUAAGAGUAAAAAUCAUAAAUUAGAAGAAGAAAUUGCACUAGUUGAAGAUCUUCAGAGUAAAAAUAAAAAAUUAGAAGAACAAAUUGCGGUAAUUGAAGAUCUUAAAACUAAAAAUAGUAAACUAGAAGAAGAAAUUUUAAUUAUGACAGAGAUUAAAGCACGGAAUAAGGAUCUAGAAGAACAAAUUGAGGUAAUGAGUCGAGAAAGGUUAUCAAUGACAGCCAAAGUUGAGUCUAUGGCGGCUGUACAAGAACCAGAAGUCGUUAAAGAAGAAAUAGUACAGAAUUUAGAACAGGUUGAAGAACCUGAUGUAAAACUUGGCGAUGAAGAAGAAUGGGGCUGGAACGCGCAAGAAGCGGAGAUACCAGGUGUGCAAAUCACGCCUUUUUGCACCCAAGAAACUCAGAUGCAAGCUAAAAUAGCUGAGCUGCAGGACACAAUAAAAGAUCUGGAGGACGAAAAAUCUCGAUUGAGCAAUGAGUUCAAGGCGAUGCAGAUUAAAAAUGCCAAGUUGAUAAAGAAAGUCAAGGAGUUUAAGAUUCACAAUGACAAUUUAUCCCAGCAAUUGAAGCUCCAGAUGAAUUCUAAUAAAUUUAGCGAUCUGGAUUCGGCGAUUGAGGAGGAGCUGAAGAGCCAAGUGACCCAGUUGGAGCAAAAUUUGAGUAAAGCUAAGAGUGAGUGUGAGAAAAUUGCUGGAGAAAGGGAUAAUUUGUUGAAGCGCAUUGAUGUUCUGACGGCGGCUAAUGAAAGCUUUUUGGAGAUGAAGGAAAGACAAGAUCGGGAUAUUGAGGUAAUGGUAAUUAGAAAUAAAGAACUGAGCAAUAAAAUUCAUCUGCUGGAGUCUAGAGCUCAGGGAAGUGGGGAGAAAAUCGAUGACUCGCAUGAGCACGGUGAGGAGUGCGAAAAGUGUAAGGAGAAAAUAAAUGAGCUGCAAGAAAAUUUAGAGCUGUUGUCGAAUGAAAAUGAGGAGCUAAGGCGGCUUAUUGAGCGCGAGAAAAUGGAACUGAGUAUCCAGAAAAAGGAGAUUGAGGAGUCGAGAAAUUUAGCGGAGGGUAUGAAGGUUAAUUUCUACGAUAUGUUAGAAAAGUCUUUUACUAAAGAGAAAAGUUGCUUGGACAAUUUAAGCGAGGUGACGGAGACCAAAGAGAAUGUUGAAGAAAAUCUUGAGAGUACUUUGAAAGAAGAAAGGUUAAAGGUACAGCAACUGGAGGGGAGAAUCAAGGCGGACGGAGAGCUGAUAAGUAAAUUAAAUUCCCAAGUUGAAGGUUUGAAUUCCGAAGUGGCCGUCAAAGAAACCCUAGUAAGCGAGGUAAGGGGACAAUUCGAGCAAGUUGAAGCUGCUCUCAAGGCUCAAGUUGAGCUGAAAGAUCAACUAGAGUUCGAGCGUGAUAAUCUUUUGCAUUCUAUCCAGGAAUUAAAUGAAAUAAUUUAUCAAAGCUAUUCCAAGUUGCAAAGAGCGACGAAAGAACUUGCAGAGCGUGAUAGUAAUAUUUUACAAAUUGAAAACAGUCUUGGGGAAUUGCAGAGACAGUUGGAGGCGGUGAAUGAAGAAAGAGACCGACUGAGAGUUAGUUGUGAUCAAUUGGCCGAUGAAAUAAGGUUAAAGACCGAAGAAAUAGAAGUUCUGAAGGUAAAAGUUAGAGAGUUUGAAGAAUUCAAAGUAGGACAUGAAAAGCACUUGCAGGUUUGCGAGAGUGUGCAAAUCAAGUGUCUGGAUGACCUCGAAGGGGCGAGUGUCGAGAAAACCAGGGUUGAGCGGUCUCUGCUCUCUUUAGCGAGCCAAGUCUCCGGGAAAUCUCUUGAGUAUACGGAGAAGGACUUGCGUAUAAGAAGUUUAGAGGAAGAUUUAGCUAAGUUGGAGAAGGAGAGAGACAACUGUUUGAAGAGUUCUCAGGAGACGGAGAGCAAAUUGACCGAAAUUACCGACGCAAUGGCUAACGUUACUGAGUUAUUGGACGUGAGGGUCCAAGAAGUUGCGGACUUGAAGCAGUAUAUCAAGACACUUGAGAUAGAUAAAUUGAGUAUUGAUGAUUUAAAUGCAGAAAUACGCAAUCUGAAUUCCAGGUUACUGGAGAGAGACAGCGAGUUAGAGGAAGUUAGUAGUAAGUUAAGAAAAGAGUUGACGGAGAAAAUAGAAGAAAUAAAUUCGUUGCAGUCCCAACUCGAGGAAUUAAGUCAAACUGUUUCUAGCUCGGGUGUCCAUGAGGAAGAAAAUAAAUUACUCAAAGAGACUAUUAAUAAUAAUGAAGUACUUAUUGGAAAUUUGAGGGUAGAAAUUCGAGAGCGGGAUGAUAAAAUUGCGGAGCUGCAGCGGCAGGUUCAAGAGUGUAAUGAAGAAAUUGUUAGGCUGAACCACGUGAUUGCUGAUUAUGAAGAAUCUUCGAGUUUGUCUGUUAAAAAAAUUACAAAACUGACGGAAGAAAUAUCCAGGAUACGCGGUUUGGAGGCUGAAAUCGGUGAAAUAAAAGCCGAGCAUCAGCAAACGGUGGAUAGUCUUCAGAACACGGUUCUGGAAAGCAAACAAGCGAUAGAUCAGGUUAAAAACCAGCUCAAUGUUAAAGAUGAAGAAAUAGAAGACUUGAAGUAUAUAUUAAAUGAAAGUACGUAUCCAGUAAUAAUUCAAGAACUGCAAAAUAAAAUUGAUACGCUGUAUCAGGAGAAGAAUCAGCUGACGCUGGCUCUGAUGAAGCAGAAUAAAGACUUUGGAGAUAUAAAUAUGGCGGAGUUGAGCAAAAUGGAGGAAAAAAGCGAGUUGGGCUCUAGUGAGCUAGAUGUCGCUCUCUAUAUGUUGCAUCAGCGUGACGUCAGGUGUGAAGAGCUGACUCACGAGUUGAUGCAGCUGUUGGAGGAACGAGACACCUUGCAAUUGAGGUUAUCUAAUGCAAUUCGAGUUAAUGAGGAGCUUAGGAAAUUUACUCCAGGUACUUCCAAGCUUGAAGAUGAUGCUGAUAGUGUCGCUAGUCAAGAGACUGACGCUGCUUCCGUUUCUUCCCAAUCUGAGGAUGAACGUGAAUUGAGACACACACAACAAAUGUCAUUAAUUGCUCACAAAGAAGCGCUUAGUACUUUGCCACCAGAUGCCGCUGCGAGACUCAUCAAUGCUAAAUAUACCGUC